AUGUUCAACUCUCUCAACCGCAUCCAGAACGCCUUUGGCUUCUUCACAACGGUCGCCUUCGUCGUCGCUACCUUUAUCGCCCUGUCCGAUGUCGUCACCCCGCGCGCCCCCACCGCCGGCGUCAUCAAGACCGACUCGCUCCAGGUCGUCAAGGGCCGCCCGCACUACUACAGCAGCAAGAAGGAGGAGUACGCCAUCAUCAAGUUCUCCCUAGAGGCCGACCUCUCUGACCUCUUCACCUGGAACACCAAGCAAGUUUUUGUCUACGUGACGGCAGAAUGGCCCUCGGCGACGGGCGGCGCCAACGCCACGAACGAGGCCGUCAUCUGGGACCAGAUCAUCACGUCGCCGAGCGCCGACCACCUCGCCAACCUCGGCCCCGUCUCCAUGCGCAAGCUCCGCGCCAGCGCCGCCGGCAAGAGCAUCGACCCCCGGCCGCGGCAAGCUCAAGGCUCAAGAACCAGAAGCCCAAGUACAAGAUCACGCACCCCUCGGCAAGCUCGCCGAGGCCGACAAUGU